UCAAAGGCACUUGUAUGGAGAGAGCUGUUGGCCUCUGAAGGGAUUGAGCCAGUUCAGGGCCAGCCUGCUGCUCUUUCUCUCCUUCUCCUUCCCCUCUCUCACUCUCUCUUCCUGUCCUGUCCGUUUAAGGCGAGAAAGUUUGGGAAAAUUCCUUCGAGCUACUUUGCUUCAGGUUUCUCUGGGAUUUAAACAUGCACACUGGGGUUUCGGUGCAGUCCAUGUCGGUGCCGUUGUUUCUGAUUCUGCUCUCUGCCGUGGAGGUCACUUUGUUACAAUCGGUGAGCCAGGUGGGUGGUGUGUGUAAGCUAUCCACAGAGUCAUCUCUGCGCCGCUGCCGCACACCCGAUGGCAAGAUCUGCAGCGGGAGGGGCAAGUGCGACUGCGGCAUCUGCACCUGCUUGGCCACGGAGCCAGGGAAGUUCUACGGUCCGCGCUGCGAGUGCCACGACUGGGUCUGCGCCUCGCACAAUGGGAAAACGUGCAACGACCGCGGCUACUGCGACUGUGGGACGUGUGAGUGUGACGAAGGCUGGUUCGGAGAGGCCUGCCAGUUCCAGGAGGAGUGUGACCUACCCGGCAAGAAGAGCAAAGAGCUAUGCAAAAACCCACAGGGGGUGGUGUGCUCCAACAGAGGCACCUGCCACUGUGGCAGCUGCAUGUGUAACAAUAAGGACGACAGGGGUCUGGUGACGGGACGCUUCUGCGAGUGUGAGGACAGCGAGUGUCUGGACGAGGACAACGGGGAGGUGUGCGGAGGCCAUGGCCAGUGUUACUGUGGAAACUGUUACUGCGCUGCUGGUUGGCAUGGAGACAAAUGUGAAUUCCAGUGUGACAUCAGCCCAUGGGAAAGCAAGCGGAAAUGCACAUCUCCAGAUGGCAAAAUCUGCAGCAACAGAGGGACUUGUGUGUGUGGAGAGUGUAACUGUCAUGAUGUAGAUCCUUCCGGCGACUGGGGGGAUAUCCACGGAGACACCUGCGAGUGCGAUGAGAGGAACUGCCACGCGACCUACGACCGCUACUCCGAUGACUUCUGCUCAGGUCAUGGCCAGUGUAACUGCGGAAGGUGUGACUGCAAGGAGGGAUGGGCCGGGAAGAAGUGCGAGCAUCCUCUCUCCUGCUCCCAGUCUCCGGAGAGCAGUCUGAAGAAGUGUCGCGGAACGUCCAAUUUGCCCUGCUUCGGACGAGGUCAGUGCCAGUGUGGACAGUGUACCUGCUACCCACCUGGGGACAGUCGUGUUCACGGCAAAAACUGUGAGUGUGACGACCGUCAGUGCGAGGACAUUGGUGGAGAGGUCUGCGGCGGUCACGGUUACUGUUCCUGCGGACGCUGCAUCUGCGAGGAGGGCUGGUUCGGGAAGCUGUGCCAGUUCCAGAGGUCCUGUGACAUGAGCGACGUUCAGAGCAAGGAGCUUUGUGAGACUUCGGACGGAGUCAUGUGCAGCGGAAAAGGUUCCUGUCACUGUGGCAAAUGUAUCUGCUCUCCCAAAGACUGGUGGGUGUCUGGAGAGUACUGUGAGUGUGACGACCGAGAGUGUGACAAACAUGACGGCCUCAUCUGCACAGGGAAUGGGGUGUGCAAUUGCGGCAACUGCGAGUGCUGGGACGGCUGGACGGGGAACGCCUGUGAAAUCUGGGUGGGAGAAGAGUACUGAAGGGGGGAGAGGACGCUGGCGUUAAGAGACAAGAGAGGCCUGGCUGCCCGGAGCGACCAGGAGCGCCGCUGAUCGUCACGACCAGGCUGGUUAGAAAACACAGCAGCCAGGAAAAACCACGGGAGGAGGGAGACGACUAAACUAAACCUGGAUAUAACUCUGCAUAUCACUAACAGCAUUCAUUCUUUUAUUGUACUGGUUACAAGUGAUCCUUAUUGUAGGUGUGAAAGAAACAUAUUACCAUGUAAACAUUUGUUUCCAAAACAGCUCUAUGUAUGAUUUUUUUUGUUUGUUUGUAGGAACGCUUACGUAUUCCAGAUGGCUACACAUGAUAUGAUGCAGAUACAUGAUGAAUCCAAAUGUUGGAAAGGGAAGAAUAAUUAAAGUGAGUUUUUUUUUGAUGAUGUAGAUCUGUUUUUAACUGGUACGGAGCGGAGUGUUGCCCCACAAUUGGACGGAAAGUUCACUCAAAGUUGAGGCGGAGGUUACUGUUUGAGGUUUUUAUUUCUUUUUUUUAAUAAUAAAACAUUGAAUGUGCCGCAUGACAACAUGUUUGCAUGGAAAACAAUGCGAAGACCUUAAUCAUACAUGGUUACAAAUCUGUUAUAACAUGACAUAACUCCAAUGGGCAUACUUGCAAUGGUAUAUAUAUUUCUUUUUUUUGUUGUUGAAAAUAAAUCAUUUUAACAGUGCCUAUUCUUUUCCACCGGAAACCAAACAAUCUGCCAAUGAAAGCCACGCUGUACCGAAGGUACGUGACGGACAUUUCCAACAUUUCAACACACACAAGUGACGAGGUUAAACUUCUACGUGGAGGAAACAAAGAGAGGGCAUACAUAGUUCCGUUGUGGCAUGCUGGAUGUCCAUGACACUUCGAAAAGGUGGCAUCAGGGGAUGAGAGCUGCAUUGACACAAGAGCUCAGUCACCACUUGAAAAGAGAGCCGAUGAGAAGUCACAAAGAAAAUUUAAUGUAAAUUCUACUUUGGCCUUUUUUUCUUUUUUUUUCAUGCUUAAACUAGCCAAACCCCUCCGUUUUCUUUGUCCCAUCGAAAGUGACAGGUGCAAUAAUAUACUGCACCCUAUAUUGCAUUAAGUAUGUUACUGACAUUACAGUACACCUUUUUGUAUAAAUAUUCUAUUCAAUAUGUUGUAUGUGCGUCUACAACGAACACAAACUGUAUAGUGUAGACAAACUCGUUGCAUAUAUGUAUGUAAAAUUAGCGGUACAUACCAACAGUUCUCGAUAGACAUAGCCUACUACAUGCAGUUCAUUGAUGCCAUCCUCUCCCCAUGCAACAGAUGGGACAGUGUAUAAAACAAGAGGUUGGAAACGGAGACGUUUGCUAGAAGAUUCUCGUGACACAUCUGAAAAGAGGGGGAGGGGGGGGGCAAAGCAAACAUGAUCGGUAUCAGGAGACGACAUCAAGCACAACCCGUAUAGGCUACAAGACAAAUUAGAAGAAAAAAAUAAAUGUGAAAUGAAAUAGUGGCUACAGAGAUCCAAACAGAGAUGUACAUUUACACACCGGGCAUUUACAAAAAUAAAGUCAGCCUCGGAGAAGCCAGUUAUCUGGACCGCAGGGCUGGAGCAGCAGCCAGCCCUGCAUGUAGAGUUUGUAAGAGUGGAGGAUGAUUGGCUGUAAUGAGGACAGAACAUCAGCCCCAAAUACAACUACAGUGGUUUCCAGCUCCUGUGUGUGUGUGCGUGUGUGUGUGCAUCGUAUGCCAUUUAAGAGCUUUGUACAGAUAAGUAUUCCAACUAAUGCGCUUCAAUGUGCUGUAAUAAGAAACGAUCAUGUGUAAACCCAAUAAAAUCACAUUCAUCAAAUCAACUUCUGAACAUAAAUUGCAGUUUUAGCAUCACGCACACAGC